AUGAAUCCCAUUAUUAAGGCUUGGCUCUUCAAAGGUUGGGCAAUGGAUGUGAUUGGCCAAAUCCACACCAAGUCAACUAAGGGCCAUAAGUACAUCCCACUCAAACAAGUUACCCAGGUUGAGGUGAUAGAAUUCAUUGAGAAGAAUAUCAUCCACCGAUUUGGCUUGCCCGAGUCCAUCAUGACCGAUAGAGGAACGACUUUUAUGGGCGAAGCUGUUCAAGCUGCCGCGAGAAAUUGGAGAAUUAGAAUGGUUCAAUCCACCCCAUACAAUCCCCAUUUCUUUCCAACUCUCUAUGGGCGUAUAGAACCUCAAAGAGGUCGCCCACGCAAACGACGCCAUUCGCCCUUACCUAUGGUCAUGAUGCCGUCUUACCACUUGAGAUUUCGGUUAAGUCCCUAA